UCACCCACAGAUUUAAAAUAAUAAUAAUAAUGACCGAACAGGAAGACUUUGCCAGCUUGGCUGGACACUGGAACGCCUCUGAUGCCCACCAGUUCAGCUUGGCCAGUGUCAUCGUCCCUGUCGUCUUCUCCUUGAUCUUUCUUCUGGGCACCAUCGGCAACAGCCUGGUCCUGGCCGUGCUGCUGCGGAACGGGCAGGUGGGGCACAACAGCACCAACCUCUUCAUCCUCAACCUCAGCCUGGCCGACUUCUUCUUCAUCAUCUGCUGCGUGCCUUUCCAGGCCACCAUCUACUCCCUGGAGGGCUGGGUCUUUGGCUCGUUCAUGUGCAAGGCUGUCCACUUCUUCAUCUACCUUACUAUGUACGCCAGCAGUUUCACCCUGGCUGCCGUCUCUGUAGACAGAUACCUGGCCAUCCGAUACCCGCUGCGGUCCCGGGAGUUGCGGACGCCCUGCAACGCGGUGGCUGCGAUGGCCGUCAUUUGGGGCCUCUCCGUGAUCUUUUCGGGGCCCUACCUGAGCUACUACGACCUGAUUGAAUGGGAGGGCAGCUACAUCUGUGUGCCAGGAUGGGAGGAAUGGCGCCGGAAGAUCAUGGACACCUGCACCUUCACUUUUGGCUACGUCAUCCCGGUGCUGAUCGUCAGCCUCUCCUACACGCGGACGAUUAAAUACCUGUGGACGGCGGUGGACCCCCUGGAAGACAUGUCUGAGUCUAAGAAGGCCAAGCGCAAAGUGACCAAGAUGAUCAUCAUCGUGACUGUCCUCUUCUGUCUCUGCUGGCUGCCCUACCACGUCGUCGUGCUGCGUUACCUCUACGGAGACUUCCCUUUCAACCAGACCACCUACGCCUUCCGGCUCCUCUCCCACUGCAUGGCCUACGCCAACUCUUGCCUCAACCCCAUCGUCUACGCCCUGGUCUCCAAGCACUUCCGCAAGGGUUUCAAGAAGGUCUUCAGCUGCCUGCUGCGGAAGAAGGCCCGGAACAGGGUCCACGUUGUCCAUGCUGCUCAUACUGUCCACGGCUUUGAGGCAGGUUCCACAGAAGUCUCUCAGAUGAACGAGGACAACAAUGGGCAGCUGAAUGGAUGUGAACUGGAUGCAAGGUCUCUUGUGGUCCCCACUGGACCCGGCAGGACUCUCCAUGUUUCUUAAGCUGAGUUGAACGGCAACUCAGGCAAGUGGAGUGAGAUGCUUCAAUUCCAGAGGGUGUUCUCCGAGGGAAGAGGAUAUCUUUGGUGAAGUUCUUUGUUGAACGUGACAAUGUUCUUUCUUCUGGGGCUGGACUCCAGGGCCAAAGGCAAAGGUCAUAGGAGGAUUGAAGGCCUGCUACUAUUUCUGCAGCAGGGUCCCUGCCUCCAGCAGCCUAAGAGUCACCCAAUUAGCAUGAAACGGGAGCUUUUUUGCCAGUGUAUGCUCCAAAGUUCAGUUCUUCAGUUUCACAAGAAAGGCAUGCAAGCUCUGGAACAAUGGAACUUUGCAGGGAACACAACUUGAGUCACUCUGAAAGAAGAUAUUGGAAACAUGUACGUGCACAUCUAGCUGAAAGGCAACACAUGGAGACCUGCAUUGAUCAUUGCAAUAUAUCCCAAAUGAUUAAUAUUAUAUAAUUAUAAGACUAUUGCAUAAUCUUAGAAGGCUGUGUAAUCUUAUAGGGGUGUCACUGUAAGGGGGGCGGUUGUGACUAUCAUGAAGGGACCCUACACUUCUGAAUUUGCCACUACACUGCUGCCCAUAGCCCAGCCUCAACCCCUCAAAUGAGCACCCAAAGUUUAUGGGGGAGGCACUGGCAAAGAGGUUCCACAUCAACACUUGGGCCCACUGGGGCAAGUUGGGGACCUACAAGAACUAAUGCUAGUCAUCACAGCAUCGUUUCUUUUUUCUUAUUCCAACUUAAAAAACAAAACAUUUUAUAGUCAGCAGGGAGGCGGGUGGCAUGUACAUAGUUACAGGUGCUCAUUUCAUUUAUUUUUACUUUAAGAAUCCUUUAUGCUUUUACUUCUGCAGACCUCAGGGUUCUGGGUUCCCCCGAUUUUGCUGAUCCCUCCCUCUUGUUUCUCAUUUUGGCUCAAUUUCCACUGGUACUCACCAACUGAGUUCCUUAUUAGUGGGAACAACAGCAGCCCCUAUCAUGUCUAUUAUUCCCUUUAAAGUCACCAUGCAUUUUAAAAAAAUAAAAAAUGGUGUUUUCACACAAAGGCUAGAACACCAUUGCCCAGUUAGCAGUCAUUAUUGAGUGUCUAUUAACAAGUUUUUUCGAGCGGAAUAAAAAUUACAAAUGUC